AUUUGAAAGUGGACACAGCAUGGUCGCCCAAGGAGUGGCGCCGCCGGAGAUGGCAUUUGAGCACGAAAUCGUGCAUGUCGAGGACAAGUGGGCAGAGCUUUUGCCGGCGCGAAUACCCUUGCGGUAUGCCUUCUUCCGCUACUUGGGAUUCUGCAUCAAGGUGCGGGGUAGUGCGACCGGACACACAGCGCACAAGGCGCUGAAACCUGCGUCCCGAGCGGCUCUGCGGAUAAGAAUCACCACGAGCCAGGGAGUCGUGUUGGACGAAAAGGUUGGAUCGCAUUUCAAAGACGGCGUUUACUAUGUUCAAGACAUCUCGUUGCAAGACGAAGGGCUGCAUACGAUCAAUGUCUGGAUGGAAAGUCGAUUUUUCUCUUCGGUGAAGCCAUUCUCCCACGAGCUGCACGUCCACCAGUUCAUGAGGCUGCAUGACGACCCGGUUGGGCUGUUUGGUGGCCCAUAUGGAGGACUCCGCAGAACUGUUGACCCGUACCUGUUUGGAGGACACGAUUAUGAAGCGAGGGACGAUGUACAAUGGACAGACGCCAUCCUGGACGAAUGUUUGGCCAAAUCCAAGAGCAAACUGCGCACUGCAGACGCCAAGUGGUGGCUGCGGCAAUUCGUCGACCAAGGGGAGCUGCAAGCAAAGAAGCAACAACAAUUGCGGAAAGCCACCGAUCAAGUCGCCCAUCCCAGGCAAGGGAAAAUGUUCCUGAUGUCUUUGUAGGCCUUGCGCUCGACCAGCCACCCCGCGCGGCCGCGCAAGCAGUCACGUCCAAUCCGCUCGGGUGACAAACGCGAUCACGACAACUAUUUUCAAGGGCGUCAGAGGGAGAUCAAGCGUCAACGCUCCGGCCAAAUUCGCAUCUUUGCGCAUGAGCCGUUGCAUGCGAACGAGACCCAAGUCGUCUUCAGCAAGCGCGACCUUCAUCACCAGCUUGUGCUCUAUUCCCAAAAGCAAUGAGGAUGGUCGUGAAUUUAAUUGAUGGGAGUAUUAUUGGUUAAAAUUAAAAUCAUUCUUGCAAUUGAU